AUGCCUCGAGACCCCAGAUCAUUCUCCCAUCUUGCUCGUCGCAUUCUUCGCGUUGAUCACCCUUCCCUGCGAGACUUGAACAACACCAUUGACCGAAGAUGUGCCAUCACUGCAAGCAUGAGGACGCCACAGUUCCUGGAGUACGAGAACGAAAUAAACAAGGGUGAGCGUGGCACUGGUUCGGUUCUCAAUCAGGCUUGUCGACGGAACGGAUUCUACGUCGCUUCAGGCCUCACAUCCCCAUCUACUGGCUUCCAACAUCCUCCGUUCCAGGCCUCACAGCCCCCGCUCCAGACAUGGCGAGCCCCUUCCAGCGCGGCUCAUGCGCUGAAGCGCCGGGUAGCCCAACUCGAGACCAUGUUCCGCCAGAAUGGCCUUGAGCACGAUCUCGAAUUCUCGAUGCCCGGUUUGACGACGAGUCCGGCGCCCAGUUGGGCGACUUAUCCCGGCUAA